CCCACCAAUAAUUUCUCUGCACAAAAAAGUAGGCCAAAAAGAAAACCAAAACCCAUUCCCCAUGAUGGGAUGAAAACCACCUUUUAGCGAACUCCAAAAGUUGGUAUAUUCUAUUCCCAUUUUAGCCCCACAUUUUUUGCACUCAAGUUCUUUAGAGUAUCCUCAAUUCCUCAUAAAUUCAGAAUAACAAUUCUUGCUUAAAAGACAAAAACUGGUCUUUUUUCAAGAAGCUAAUUUCGAUAUACACAAUCGCCCUUUAGAGUAUGACAGUGGGCCGCUAAAGGAGAUGGAAUUUUGGCCGGAAUUUCUAGCGAGCAGCUGGGGGAAAGAGUUCGUAGCCGGGGGAUUCGGCGGCACCGCCGGAGUAAUCGCCGGGUACCCGCUGGACACGCUUAGGGUGCGGCAGCAGCACGGCGGCAAAGGGUCGGCUUUGCAGAUCCUCCGCCGCCUUGUGGCCACCGAUGGCCUCUUGGCCCUUUACCGGGGCAUGGCGGCGCCACUGGCUUCUGUUACUUUCCAGAACGCAAUCGCUUUCCAAACCUACGCCAUACUCUCCCGAGCAGUCGACCAAAGCCCCAAAAACGAGCCUCCUUCCUACAGAGGGGUAGCCCUUGGCGGCAUAGGCACAGGCGCAAUACAGAGCCUUCUCCUCAGCCCAGUCGAGCUCGUCAAAAUCAAUCUUCAGCUAAAACAACACAAAACCUGCAGUGGCCCAGUUGACGUGAUGAGAAGCAUAUUCAGGGCAGAGGGCCUAAGAGGCCUAUAUCGUGGGCUGACCAUAACGGGCCUCAGGGAUGGCCCGGCCCACGGCGUGUAUUUCUGGACAUAUGAGUAUAUGAGGGAGAAGUUCCAUCCGGGCUGCCGUAAAAAUGGGCAGGAGAGCUUUGGGACGAUGCUUCUAGCGGGCGGGCUUGCAGGGGUUGCCAGCUGGAUUUGCUGCUAUCCGCUGGAUGUGGUGAAGACGAGGAUUCAGGCGCAGUCUGCGUUUGGUAAGUAUGAUGGGAUUGUGGAUUGUUUUAGGAAGAGUGUGAGAGAGGAAGGGCCCGGAGUGCUGUGGAGGGGCUUGGGGACGGCUGUGGCCAGGGCUUUUAUUGUCAAUGGGGCGAUUUUCACGGCCUAUGAGACGGCUCUCAGCUGGGUGAAAGAAUUUGUUGCCGGAGGAUUUGGAGGCACCGCCGGAGUUAUUGCCGGAUAUCCGCUGGACACGCUUAAGGUACAGCAGCAGCACCACAGCAGUGGGUCGGCUUUGCAGAUCCUCCGGCGCCUUGUGGCGAGCAAUGGACUCCUCACUCUUUACCGGGGCAUGGCAGCACCUUUGGCAUCCAUAACUUUCCAGGUUCUCUCUUUAUCUGUGCAAACUUCUCUUUCUCAAUCCCACCAGAAUGCAAUCGCUUUCCAAACCUACGCCAUAUUCACACGAGCAGUCGACCCACAAAACCCGCCAUCCUUCAGAGGGGUGGCCUUAGGCGGCACAGGCACAGGCGCAGUACAGAGCCUCAUCCUCUGUCCAGUCGAGCUCGUCAAAAUCCAUCUUCAGCUACAACAACAACAGGAAAAUGCCCACAUCCACAGCCACAGAGGCCCACUAGACGUGAUGCGAACCAUUUUCAAGACCCAAGGCCUUAGAGGUAUGUACCGUGGAUUGACCAUCACACUUCUCAAGGAAGUUCCGAGCCAUGGGGCAUAUUUUUGGACAUACGAGUACAUGAAGGAGAAGUUACACCCUGGCUGCCGUAAAAAUGGGAAGGAGAGUUUAGGGACAAUGGUCCUGGCUGGGGGGAUGGCUGGGGUUGCCAGCUGGAUGUGUUGUUAUCCGUUGGAUGUGGUGAAGACGAGGAUUCAGGCGGAGUCUGCGUUUGGUAAGUAUGAUGGGAUUGUGGAUUGUUUUAGGAAGAGUGUGAGGGAGGAAGGGCCUGGUGUGCUGUGGAGGGGUUUGGGGACAACGGUGGCUCGGGCGUUUAUAGUCAAUGGGGCUAUUUUCACGGCAUAUGAGACGGCUAUGAGGUAUCCAGCGUAUGCCUACUGGUCGCGCGUUGAUUGCCUGGUCGACCAGUGCGUGGUGUCAGAUUUUUCCGAUGGGUCUCGAACUUUCUACAAAGGUCAUCCCGCCACCAUCGACUCCAAGAAUUUUCUAGAACACAACCCCAUAGCCAUUGUCUAUCUAUAUUCUCCUCCUUUCUCCCCAUUUCCUUCCCACCAAGGAGCACUGCCAUUUGAAACACCCAGCUUGAAGCCGCACCGUCUGAUCUCGAUCACUCCAGCAAUGGCCGACGACAACGCCGUCACGCUCUACAGCAACGCUGCCAUCACCGACGCCAAGAAGAACCCCUUGUCCAUCAAGGUCGCUGUAGCCCAGAUGCUCCGCGGCGGAGCCGUCGUCGAGGUGACGACCCUGGAUCAGGCCAAGAUCGCCGAGUCCGCCGGCGCGUGCUGCGUCGUCGUCUCCGAUCCGCACUUGGCGGGGAUCUCCCGCAUGGCGGAUCCUUCCGUAAUCAAGGAAAUCAAGCAAGCACUCUCGAUCCCCGUGAUGGCGAAAGCUAGGGUUGGGCAUUUCGUGGAAGCGCAGAUCCUCGAGUCGAUCGGCGUCGAUUACAUCGACGAGAGCGAGGCCCUGGCCGUCGCCGACGAGGAUCACUUCGUCAACAAGCACAAUUUCCGCGCCACGUUCGUCUGCGGGUGCCGGGAUCUGGGGGAGGCUCUGAGGAGGGUCAGAGAAGGGGCCGCUUUGAUUCGGUCGCAAGGGAAUCUCAACAGAUCUGGAAAUAUUGCAGAGACCGUGCGCAGCGUGAGGAAGGUGAUGGGCGAGAUUAGGGUUUUGAGCAACAUGGACGAUGACGAGGUUUUCACCUUUUCGAAGAGAAUUCAAGCGCCCUACGACAUUGUUGCUCAGACUAAGCAGAUGGGCCGCUUGCCGGUGGUCCAUUUUGCUGCGGGAGGAAUAGCAACUCCGGCGGAUGCUGCACUGCUGAUGCAAUUGGGCUGUGAUGGGGUUUUCUUGGGCCCGGAGGUUUUCGACUGUUCGGAUCCUUAUAAGAGAGUUCGGGCCAUUGUCCGGGCUGUGAGGAAUUAUAAUGAUCCUUUGGAGCUGGCGCAGGCGAGCAGUGGUUUGGAGGACUCAAUGGCAGGAUUGAAUCUCGGUGAAAAUAGGGGAGCUUAUUGA